AUCAGACUGUCUCUCCGAUAUCAAUCAAUCAACUUAAUCAAAUAACAUAAAAUCACUAUAACGACUCCCUGCUACACUAAAGGUGGAGAGUGUAAGCUGCAGCGUGAGAUAGUCUCCCCUUCUCAAUACAGUAAAAUGUAUCAGGCUACUACCAUGCCAUUGUAUAUAAACUGAUAAUUAUUUAUUUGUUGCUAUGGCAAUGGAUCAAAACAGAAAGGUAACUUUGGGCCAGCGUUUCAGGAGUCUCAUUCAGCAAUGGAAAAGAAGAGGAUUUAUAGAAAUUGGACCUGAAAAUACGGAAUUGUUUAAACUGACUGAGAAUAUAAGAACUGGUCUUCGUUUACAACUUCUUGAGAGUGAAAAGCAAUGACAAACGAUAUAUCAUCAAGACAGAGAAGAAGAACGAUGCCAGGUUGUUCAUGAAGAUUCUGCCCAAUUAUCUUUGUCAUCUGAAGCAGCAUCCACAUAGCUUAAUAGUACGCUACAUGGGAUUAUACCUCAUCAAACAGAAAGGGGACAAACCAAUUUAUUUCUCGGUGAUGAAGAAUGUAUUUUAUCCUGAUGAUAGAAUUAUUGAAAGAUACGAUUUAAAAGGUUGCCAGGCCAACCGUUACGUCAAACCAUCACAGAAGUUAAACCAGGUUGGUUUGGUUUUGAAAGAUCAAAAUUUCAACAAGCAAAAUAUAAAUAUAGGUCCUCAAAAGCAGUGGUUUGACAGACAGAUAUCAAUUGACACAGAGUUUAUGCAGACUGUUGGUGUCAUUGACUACAGUUUACUUGUAGGAAAACAGCCAUUGUUGGAAUCUGAUAGAGUCCUGGAUGAAAGACUAGCAGAUGUAGUCUGUAGAUUAAAGAAAUCCAUGAAGUAUAAAAGCACAAGUCAAGCAUCAAAGGAAUAUUGUAAUGGUAUCAAUUUAAAUCAUGAUCCAGAAAAUAAUUUAAAAAAUAACGGUAAUUCUGUUUAUAAAAGUAAAAAAGUGAAUCAAGACGAGGGUAUCUCAGUAGCAUCAGGCAAUGGACUUGUUAACUUUGGAAUGACAUCAAGUGCGAUGGAACACACAGAGUUAUCACAGGAUUUCCAAUUACCUGGUGCUGCCGAAGAAUCUGCCAUUCCCACAAAAAACAAAUUUGAGCCACAGAUUAAUCAUAGUUUGAACGACAAUGAACACCUUAAUAUACGCUUACUUCCAAACCUUGAGAACUCAUUACACAUUUUAGAUGGUGUGGAAGAUCGGUAUUUUCUAGGAAUUAUUGAUUUUUUUACAACUUAUGGACCAAAAAAGAAACUUGAACAUGCAGUGAAAAGCAUAAUACAUCCAUUUACUUCAUUCUCUGCUGUUAGCGUAUGUCGUUAUGCAGACAGAUUUAAGGACUAUUUAUCCAGCAUAUCGGUUUGAUAGUUUAUAAGUUCAUCGAUAGAUUGACUUGUUAAGUGAAUGAUGGAUUUGAUGCUUGAUUGAGGGGUUUAAUGAUUAAAUAGUUGAAUUGUUGAUUGAUAAAUUGAUUGAAUUAUUGAUGGAUUGGUUAAUUUAUAAAUGGAUUGAUUGAUAGAUCAGUCAAUAUAUUUUUUCUCAUGACUAAUGUAACUUAUCUGUAUAAAGCUACGUUCACAUCAAGCCCGGAGUCCGGAGAAAAAAUCGUGAAAAAUAAUUUCACUGAUAAAUAAAUGGAUCGUUCACAUCAAAUUUGUACGAAUUCCAACCCGGACUGCGGAUCCGGACAGAUGGAUCGGAGAGCCAUUUUUAUCCUGAAAUCGUACGUUUUUUUUUCUUGGACCAAUCAGCAACAAGCUUGGUUGGUUCGAACCAAUCGAACGCAUGCAUACUUAACCUGAACACCCGUAUUCUGUGCGCAAUGUGAACGCAGCGUUCAAAAAACGUAGCAAUUCACAAUUUUUUGUAGGGCUCUGGACCAGAUCCGGGCUUGAUGUGAACGUAGCUUAAGCCUCGUAUGAAAUUACAUGUAAUGUAUUCAAAAAUUUAAAUUUUUGUUAAGUAUAUUUAUGUUUGUUUUGUGAAAGGAUUGCUACAGUACUACUCAGAAGGCAAGUUUCAUCUUUGGUAUAUCCUGCCCCCUUGUGCUUAAAAAUUGAUAAUACCAAAUAAUUCUGUGCAAUAGACAUCCAUUGUGUUAUUUGUGCAUAUGAUUUCUCUCUGUUUAAUUUAGUAUGUUAGUAGAAUUCGUUAGCACAUUCCAUCAACAUUCUGUUCAUAUUCUUUGUUAAUGGUAUAAUAAAAGUUUUUUUUUGCAAUUGGUA